GCGUCGUCUCUCCAUAGGCGACGAGAGCAAUGGACUGCUAGUAUUUUUUAUCGUGGCGUCAAUACAUCUGAUAAAUGCCGCAGUCUUCACGGAGGAAUACGACAGGCAGGGCACGCGUCACGGCUAGAUGACACGUUCAUCGGACGCCAUAAAGAAAUUCGUUCCUCACUGCGGCGGCAGUGCCCCCGUGCGUGGUACGGGUACAGGAGUCACCGUGAAAAUGAAGAACCUUUGCAACCAAUGGCACCUGAUGAUUCUUCUGAUCGUUAUCCGUGGAGGAGUGUUGGUUUUCGCCGAAGCUUGCAACAAGACGCAAGUUCUUGAGUGCUAUGGUGACAUCACCGACAGCGUUUCUGAUGUGUUCGACCAACGCACACUGAACAUGAGCCACCUCGGCAACCUCUGCAAGGAAAGUGACACUGUUCAACGCUGCGAAGAGGACCUAGCCCACUGCAUCGACUCUGACCCAUCCCUAAAAGCAAUACAGACACAAUAUACUACAAUCCGCCGAGAAGCCUGCGGGAACAGUAGCUUCGAUCUCUCCAAAAUGGAAAAUAAAGACGACCCAGUCAACGACGACAGCCAUGAAAAGAAAUGCUGGUACAGACAGCUGAAGCGAUGCCUCGAGAGGCAGAUUAACAAAAUACGGUCCAGAAUGACGCGCUAUACCCGAAAGGCGAUGGUUCCCCAUGAGUUCUACUACGGGGCGGUAUGUAGGUUGAAGCGAGAAGCCUGCUAUCAAGUGAGCACAAUAGAGUUCUGCCCGCCGUUCCUACAGGACGCCAUCAGAAGGAUGGAGGACUCGAUGAACAACGCGCAACAGCUGCUAUGCAAAGACGACCACGCUCUGCUUAAAAGGCCCCUUCUAUGA